UACUGCUGUUUGUGUUCCUUUCUCUUGGAAUGUGAAGGACACACAAAGCCUGAAUGAUUCUCGGGGAUGUCCAUUAACGUUAGAUUCUAGUUCAGCCAUGGAUGUGUAGUUAUUUCGCGCUUCUUUUUCCCAUUAACUGUAACUUUUUCGGAUCCCAAACUGGCGACCUCACAUCUCCAACUGGCACGCGCAAAUGAUCUCAUAGACCAGAUCAAGCUCAAAGUGUUUCCUGCGUGGCGGGGGGCUGGUGAGGGUCAUGGUUGGGGCUGGACUCAGUGUGUGAGGUGGGAGGCUAGGGAAGGGGGCCCGUCCAGGAGCCUGGAGUGUCCGCUGUGGUGUGUCCUGUGUCGAGGAGGACGGGAGAGACUGAAGCAGGCCUGUCAGAGAGGGAGGGGAGCACUGCGCCUGCCCGCAGACAUGCUGACCCUCAGACUUCCACAGCUCUUUGACAUCCACCAGGUGCCAAAGGUGUUUAGAGAGGACGGCAUCAUGUCUGGGUACCGCCAUCCCAGCAGCUCAGCCCUCGACUGCAUUCUCAGCAGUUUUCAAAUGACCAAUGAGACGGUCAAUAUCUGGACCCACUUCCUGCCGACCUGGACCUGUGCUGUGCUAUUAUAGGUACUUCCUGUGGCGGUUCAGCAUGCUGUGCUUUGCGCUGGACUUCCUGGCGGAGAGCUACUCCUGGCCGAUGCUCGUCUACAUGCUUCUGAUCUGCCUGUACCCCUUCACCUCCAGCUGCGCUCAUACCUUCAGCACCAUGUCCACCAAGGCUCGUCACGUCUGCUACUUCUUCGACUACGGAGCGCUCAGCCUGUACAGUCUCGGUUGUGCCAUCACAUACUCCUCUUACGUGAUGCCCGACUCCUGGGUCAACAGUUGGCUUCACCAGCAUUUUGUGACCAUUGCAGUCUGCAACUCGCUCUUUUGUACCAGCAUGUCCUGCUACUCCAGGUUUGUAGAGUUGCAGUACCCACACAUAAGUAAAAUCUUGAGAACGGCCGCAUUUGUUGUCCCCUUCCUCUUUGAUAGUAUCCCACUGUUUUACCGACUGCUGUCGUGCUGUUGGGGGAGCUGUAGUCCCAGUGAAGCUCUGGCCAGCCACUCUUACCAUCUGUUCUUUGCGUUUCUCACAUGCUUCCUGUUUGCAUCUCACCUGCCCGAGAGACUGGCCCCCGGACGCUUCGACUACAUCGGUCACAGUCACCAGCUCUUUCACAUAUGUGCGGUCGUGGGCACCCACUUCCAGAUGGAGGCAGUGUUGACGGACAUGUCGUCUCGCAAAGAGUGGCUGAUGUCCCACUCCGCUUUACCUUCCUUCCUAGGUACCUUGGGGGCUCUCGCACUGGGUGUCCUGCUCAACCUGGGCAUCAUCGGCAUCUUUAGCGUGGGUUUACCGCGAACACCUCACCAAAGCACUUCGGCCUCUUGUGGCACCCACCCUCAUCAGGAGUAACAAGCUUUCUUGACCACUCCACACCUCACUGUGCACCUUUCUGGACGAUGUUACUCUAGAUUUCACUAGCGCACUUUCACUGAUAUAAAAUUGAUACUUUUGGACUAAAAAGCUAAGCGUUUAUUCUAUUCGAGAUCAUAUAUUCUAGUUUCCUUUUAUACUUACGGUUUAUUAUUGCAGCCGAAAACCCUAAUGAUAAUCGCGACCUUUCACGGUGUUAUUUAACCGUUGUGCCUUUGAUUUUAUUCUUGAAAGGUUGAGGGUUGAAUGACGCUAAAGUUGAUAAUGUUAUAUUUUAACAUAUAGUUUAAGGGUUUUUAUAAACAUUUGCAUCAUUACAUAAUAAUGUUAUCAUAGCUUUAAGUGGAAAAUGAUAGUAGCAUUAAUCAGGGAUUUUAUAUCAUCAUGAAUAACAUCAUUAAUCCAAUUUUAUGAUGUGUGUGCAUAUCAAAAAUAUACAAUGGUCAAAAAUGAUGAUGAAGAUCAUUUUUAAAAUGA